CAGCUGUUUGCUGAUAGGUUCGUCAUCAAGCAGCUGCUUGUGGAUGAAAAAUAAAAAUAGUCGCAAUGGAUCAGCCUGAUGAUCAUUUUCGCUAUAUACACAGUUCCUCACUACACGAACGUGUCCAAAUUAAAGUUGGCACACUCGAAGGCAAGAAACGCCAGCCUGAUUACGAAAAAUUGCUCGAUGAUCCCAUACUCCGUUUCUCGGGCCUCUAUUCGGAGGAAUACCCCUCGUUCCAAGUGCGACUACAAGUUUACAAUGAUGGACAUCCCUAUUGCCUGCCUGUGCACAAUUCAUACAAGGCCUUCAGCAAACGCUGGAGCUGGAAUGAGUGGGUGACAUUGCCAUUGUUAUUCUCCGAUUUGCCACGGGGCGCCAUGCUGGUGCUGACCAUACUCGACUGCUCCGGUGCUGGCCAGACCACGGUGAUUGGCGGUACUGCUAUUUCCAUGUUUGGCAAGGACGGCAUGUUCCGUCAGGGCAUGUACGAUCUGCGUGUUUGGUUGGGCGUUGAGGGUGACGGCAACUUUCCCAGCAAAACCCCUGGCAAGGGCAAGGAAUCCUCCAAAUCGCAGAUGCAGCGCCUUGGCAAGUUGGCCAAAAAGCAUCGCAACGGCCAGGUGCAGAAGGUCGACUGGCUGGAUCGUUUGACAUUCCGUGAAAUCGAAGUGAUUAACGAGCGCGAGAAGCGCAUGUCCGACUACAUGUUCCUCAUGAUCGAGUUUCCCACAAUUAUCGUGGAUGAUAUGUACACCUAUUCAGUUGUCUACUUUGAGCCAGAAGUGGAUAGCAAAUAUAAAUUGCCAGCCAAACCUAAGUUAGUUCUGGUCCCGGAUUCGGAGAUUCAAAUGGAAAAUCUAGUUGAGCGCAAACAUCAUCGUCUGGCUCGUUCGGAGCGCUCUGGUAUUUCAGAUCGGGAUGCCAAGCCGACCACAAUCAUUCGUGAUCAAUUGCACAAAAUAGUUUGCUAUCCACCGACGUAUGUGCUGAGCAGCGAGGAGCAGGACUUGGUGUGGAAGUUCCGUUUCUAUUUGUCCACGCACAAAAAGGCGCUCACAAAGUUUCUGAAGUGCAUCAAUUGGAAAAUGAGCGAUGAGGUGACUCAGGCUCUAUGGAUGCUGGCCAAUUGGGCGCCCAUGGAUGUGGAGGAUGCGCUGGAGCUGCUCAGUCCAACGUUUACACACCCGGAGGUCCGCAAGUAUGCGAUCAGUCGGCUGGCGCAGGCACCCGACGAGGAUCUCUUGCUCUAUUUGCUGCAGCUCGUGCAGGCGCUCAAAUAUGAGGAUCCACGCAAUGUAUUACAGCUGCACAAGCUCAUCAUACCAGAGCCAGAGCGCGAUGCGGGCUGUUCGCUGCUGGACGAGAGCGACUCUCUGCUGGACCAGAGCAGCAUCUCCGACCUGAGCGCAGCGAGCAGCGCUCUGCAUGCUUCGGUAAUACCCGCCAAUCAGCGUGCUGCGCUCACAGCUCUCAAGGUGGAAAAAUCGACGUUGGCGAGCAGUGCCAGCGCACAGGCGAUCAGGGCCAGCACGCCGGCACUGCGGAUGGACCGGGCCGAUGGCGGCGAAGUAAGCGCCGCCUCGAUGGCCUCACAAUCCAAUUCAAACACAACGCUUCUGGGUCAGGGCGUGCCCGUUAAUCUGUGCACAUUCCUCAUACAGCGCGCCUGCAAGAAUGCCACGCUGGCCAACUACUUGUACUGGUAUCUGUCCAUCGAGGUGGAGGAUGUCGAGUCGGUGCGUAAACAGGAUCAGCGCGCGCACGACAUGUAUGCCAUGGUCUAUAACAUAUUCCUCAAGGUGCUGGAUAACGGUAACUUCCACUUGCGCGGCAUUUCCCACAAUCUUCGCAAGCAGCAGUGCUUCAUCGACGAGCUGGUCAAGCUGGUGAAGCUGGUGGCCAAGGAGCCAGGCAAUCGCAACAAGAAAACGGAAAAGUUUCAAAAACUGCUCGCCGAUCAGGUCAUGUUCAAGGUGAACUUUACCAAUUUUGAGCCAAUCCCAUUCCCCCUGGACCCCGAGAUCUAUAUAACCAAAAUAAUACCAACGCGCACAUCCUUGUUCAAGAGCGCCUUGAUGCCAGCCAAACUCACGUUUGUUACGUCCAUUGCUAAGCACGAGUAUGUGGCCAUUUUUAAGCAUGGCGAUGAUUUGCGCCAGGAUCAGCUCAUACUGCAAAUGAUUACGCUGAUGGACAAGCUGUUACGGCGAGAGAAUCUUGAUCUCAAACUGACGCCGUAUAAAGUGCUGGCAACCAGCUCCAAGCAUGGCUUCCUUCAGUACAUCGACUCGUGCACCGUGGCCGAGGUGCUCGCCCGUGAGGGCAACAUACUUAACUUCUUCAAGCGCCACAAUCCCUGCGAUAGCGGCCCGUUUGGCAUCUCCUCCGAGGUCAUGGACACAUACAUUAAGAGCUGUGCGGGCUACUGUGUCAUCACAUAUUUGCUGGGCGUGGGCGAUCGACAUUUGGACAAUCUGCUGCUAACCAGCAAUGGCAAGCUGUUCCAUAUCGAUUUUGGCUAUAUUCUUGGACGCGAUCCGAAGCCCAUGCCACCACCCAUGAAGCUGAGCAAAGAAAUGGUCGAAGCCAUGGGCGGUGUCAGCUCGGAUCACUAUCACGAAUUCCGCAAGCAGUGCUAUACGGCGUAUUUGCAUUUGCGCCGGCAUGCCAAUGUGAUGCUUAAUCUGUUCUCGCUCAUGGUGGAUGCCACAGUGCCCGAUAUUGCCCUGGAGCCGGACAAGGCCGUCAAGAAAGUGGAGGAGAACCUGCAGCUGGGCCUCUCCGACGAGGAGGCGGUCCAGCACUUGCAGAGUCUGCUGGACAUAUCCAUAACAGCUGUGAUGCCUGCGCUGGUCGAGCAGAUUCAUCGGAUAACGCAAUACUGGCGGAAGUAAAUAUUUAUAAUUUUAAUAAUUUAACUUGUUUUAAGUUUAUUUUAGUACAGUAAGUAAUCACAGUAGGCAAGGUAUAAGCGCCUUAUCUACAGUCAACUGUGUACUAUAUAACAAUAUAUGUACAUAUACUAUAUGUCUAUGUA